AUGAAGACCCGAGAAGAAUUCCGAAACGGCGUGAAGCUUGACAAGGGCAAAUUUGCAAAGCCGGAGCUGGACCAUGGCAAAACUCGUUCUGUAUGGGACAAGAUAGCAAGGCUAGAGGAGCGCGGCCUUUGCCUGGAGUGUGAACGUCACCGAUGGAAAACUAGCGCCAUUCAGGUUUGCGAUGAAUGCGCUAAGAAACUUCCUUCGUUGAAGUGCUGCCAUUGCAAAAUGAGCUACCCAAACCACAAGUUCUGCGACAAAGCGUCAAGUAUAUACAAACGGGAGAUGUGUAUGUCAUGCGCUUCAAACUGGGCUACUCAUAAUUGCGAACCGAAGCUUUGUAGGCUGUGCAACCAGUGGUCCGCAUGGCGAUCAACGUCAGAGUGUGAUCGCUGCUAUGACCUCCUGCAGAAAUAUGGCCAGCCAACUCAGUGCGAAUCAUGCAACAACAAUGCAGCCUUCGACAGAGGAUCGGCUUCACGGCAGCGUGUCAACGGACUCCGUCUAUGUUUCCUUUGCACCUGCAACUUCAAGAAAAACGACUACUACAACCGCAAGCUCAUGAUUAGCAUGAACAUGGAUGCAGGUUCGGUGGAACGUGAAUAUCAUAAUGACAAAUCGACUCGUUCGUCGAGAGACUCAGAUGCCUUACCUGCCGUUUCGGAGAAGUCCAGCACAAUCGGGUCCGAUGCUCCUAAUGGCAGAUCCGUGGAACGCGAGCUGAAAACACUAAAGGAUUUGUACAAUAAGCUGAAGAAAAAGUACGCAGAGCUGAAGGAGGAGAAUGUCAGUCUCAAGAAGCGGCUGAAGACAAGAUAG